CCUUAGCAGCAAACUGAUUUGUUUCUUUCUUCCAAAAGUUUAUUUGUGUCGUAGUCAUUUGAGAACGCGUGUAUUUAAGUACAUUUAUUGUGUGCCUAAAUUACAAUGUUUUGGACAGUCAUUCCUGAAAUUUAAUUCGUUGAACACAAACCUGUUUACGGUGCAAAGCUUCCUUUUUUGUCGGCUCAUCAAGAUAUCAACAUGAAAGUUACAGUAACUACACUGAACGACGAAUUAUUCGUAUUGGAUGUAUCUGAAGACUUGGAAUUAGAAAAUUUCAAAGCAUUCUGUGAGAUAGAAUCUGGGUUUCCUGCCAAAGAUAUAACAUUGAAUUUUAAUGGCAAGCCUCUGUUGGACGACAAAAAGUCACUAAAAGAACACGGAGUUCAUGACGGCGAUGUUAUUGUACUUCUCCACAUGAUUCAUUCAGCUACAAAUCUCAAUGCGAAUGACGCCAAUCAAGCUUUGCCCACAGGCUUAGCUAGUUUAGAUUUCAGCAACAUCAGAGUCCCUCCAGGUGCAAGUACUUCCAUGGCUACUCGUAGUCCACCAGUAGAGGAAGAUCCUCGCAUCAUCAGGGAGAUGUUUCUUGCUAACCCUGAUCAACUAGCAUUGCUGAAGCAGAACAACCCAAGAUUAGCUGAUGCACUUUUAAGUGGCAACCUUGACACAUUUGCUUCAGUACUUCGUGAACAAAUUUCUGCUAGGACAGAGCGUCAACAACAAAGAAUAAGGAUGAUGAAUUCAGACCCUUUUGACACUGAAGCUCAAAGAAUGAUAGCUGAGGAAAUUAGACAAAAGAAUAUUGAAGCAAACAUGGAAGCAGCAAUGGAGUAUAACCCUGAAACAUUUGGAACAGUUGUUAUGCUUUAUAUUAAUUGCCAUGUUAAUGGAUUUCCUGUGAAAGCAUUCAUUGACUCUGGUGCUCAAACUACUAUUAUGUCUGCUGCAUGUGCUGAGAGGUGUAACAUCAUGCGUCUUGUGGAUACUAGAUGGGCUGGUAUAGCAAAAGGUGUUGGAGUCCAAAGAAUCAUAGGCCGCAUUCACAUGGUCCAAAUGAGAAUUGAGAAAGAUUUUUUGACCACCUCUUUCUCAGUAUUGGAGGAACAGCCUAUGGACAUGCUACUGGGACUAGACAUGUUAAAAAGACAUCAGUGUAACAUCGAUUUAAAGAGGAAUGUACUAAGAAUCGGCACCACUGGCACUGAGACACCAUUCUUACCUGAAUCAGAACUACCUGAAUGUGCUCGCCUGUCUGGAUACUCUGAGGAUGAAAUUGUCAAUCAAUCUAUUAGAGAUCAUGAAGAGCGUCAGGUGAAAGAAGCAUUGGAGAAGUCAAAACAAGGUGGGAGAGGGAAAAAGAAAUGAAUAACAGUUGCCAGAUUUUUAUAUACUUAAAUGCACCGUUUUCGUUUCUAGUGAUAUUUAAAUGAACUAAAAAUCGUAAUGUAUUGAAAAUAAUAAAAAUCGAAAAAUCUGAUACUUGUUUCUGUGUAGAUAUUUGAUGUAUUGGACAUUGUAUAGUCAAAGUAGUUG